AUGAAAACUUUGAUUUGUUUUCGUAUUCCAUCAAUGGGUUUUCUGUUGCCUGUGUCCCUAUGUUUACUAUCUCUUGCGUCCAUUGGUUAUCUGGAUGUUGCUGCCAUUGGUACUCGGUGCAACCCUACCAUUGGUUCUAUGGCUCUUCAUGCGGUCGGUAUUCGGUCCCUUGCGUUCAUUGGUUAUGUGGCUCCUGCUGCCAUUGAUUUUCGGUAUGUUGUGUCCAUUGGUUGUCUGGCUGCUGCUGCCAUUGAUGUUCAGGUUGUUGUGUCCAUUGGUUGUCUGGCUGCUGCUGCCAUUGUUGUUCGGUAUGUUGCGUCCAUUGGUUCUUUGGCUCAUGCUGCCAUUGGUUUUCGGUCGCUUGCGUCAGUUCCUCUUCUUUCGCUUUUGUCCCACUCCCUGACGCCCCAGGCAUUGGAAGAGAUCUUGCCCACAAUAUCUGCAAGAUAUCAAGGAUGGCAAAGUGAAGCCAUCUUCGGCAGGGUCUAAAGGAAAGUGAGGAGAUAGAGCGAGGAAGGAUAAACCUGAUCAUGGGAAACAGAAAGUCUUCACCAGUAACCAAGAUCGGAGUUUAUCAGCUUCUGCUUAGUAAUGAUGUUAGAUUAGAUUUAAUAAAUUGUUGCUAUUCGUCUGAGAUGACGAGAAACAUUAUUUCAUUUCAUGCAUUGUUCAGACAAGGUUUUACAUAUUCUUUUAAU